CGCCGCCGGGGCGCGCCGGGCGAUGCCGCGCCGGGCCCGGGGCCGCCGCCGGGGCCCCGCCGCUACCGCCGCCGCCGCCGCCGCCCUGCCCCGGCGCCCCGGGGAGUCGCCCGAGGAUGGUUCCCCCACCACCUGUCAGCAAGCCUCACGUGUGCCUCUCCACUGUGCUCAUCAUGACCAGCCUCGUCCUCAUGGAUGCCUACCUGGUGGAGCAGAGCCAGGGCUCCAGGAAGCUGGGCAUCUGUGUCAUGGUGGCAGUGGGUGACGUGUGCUUCCUGCUGGUGCUCCGCUACGUGGCCAUCUGGGUCGGGGCAGAGGUAAAGACAGCUAAGCGGGGCUACGCCAUGAUCCUCUGGUUCCUGUAUGUCUUCGUUCUGGAGAUCAAGGUCUACUUUGUAUACCAGAACUAUAAAGCUGACCGGAAAAGCCUGGAUCUCAUAGCCCGCAAAGCACUGACCUUGCUGCUCUCCAUCUGCAUCCCAGCCCUCUACGUGUUGUUGGUGGCCACGGAACACAUGGAGUACGUCAGGACAUUCAAGAAGAAAGAAGAUCUCCGCAACCGCCUCUUCUGGGUCAUUGUGGACAUGCUGGAUGUGCUGGACAUCCAGGCCAACCUGUGGGAGCCCCAGAAGAAGGGGCUGCCACUCUGGGCCGAGGGCAUCAUGUUCUUCUACUGCUACAUCUUGCUCCUCGUCCUCCCUUGUGUGUCCCUCUGUGAGAUCAGCAUGCAAGGGAUCGGCAUCAUGCCGCACCGGAUGAUGCUGUACCCCAUGCUGAGCAUGCUCACUGUCAACAUCACCACCAUCUUCAUCCGAGGCAGCAACAUGAUCUUCUUCAGGGACGCCCGGGUCUCCAGCAUCUUCAUGGGCAAGAACAUGCUGGCCAUUGGGCUGAAGGUCUGUACGUUUGUGCAGUACCAGCGGCACCGGCACCACACGCCCCCGGGGCCGGACCUUGCCCUGCAGCACAGUUCCCAGGCCCAGCCCUCCCCGGGGCUGCACAAGUCCCGGGACCAGCCCGCCUGCCCUGAGGAGCUGGCCCAGGACAACACGUGACAAGCCAGCAGGAGCCACAGCCUGGGCACCACCACACCUGGCUGUACCUGCAUACGUGAGGUGGGCUGCUGGGCUCCCCACCUGGACAGUGGGCAACGACCCUGCUCCCUCCCUCCCUGGGUGAAGCUGCUCCAGUCCCCGAGGGUGGCACGAUGAGGGCCACCCCCCGUAAGGCCACAGAGCAGUUUGGGACCUCAGCACCCCACCGAGUGAGACGGGCAGUGGAGCAGAGGAGGCCAUGUUUGCCUGCCACACGCCAUGUCUGGCUGGGGCCAGGCAGCCCUACCCUGCGCCGGGCUCCCCCCAUCAGCGCUCCCCGCGCAGCGCUGCCCUCUGGCCAGCCAGGGCUCAGGCCAUGGUGGCUGCAUGGGGACACUGCGGGUCACCCGCUCUGCUGUUGGGGUUGGCCCUGGCUCCAGCUCAGUGUUUGUCAGCAGCCUGCUCCCUCCUGCCUGAGCCGGGGUCCCCCCCAUCCUGGGGGAGCGAGGUCCGGACCUUCCCCUGCCUGUCACCCCUCAGCCAGCUGCGAGCCCGGGGGAGACCAGAGGGGGUGACUGUCCUUUUUUUGUAUCUCCCUCUUUGCAAUAAAAGA